UAUCUAAUUUUCAAACCAAGUCUAAAUUUGUGAAAGAUAAAAUGGUCUAGCAUUAUAAGGGAAAGGUUUGAUGAUAUUUAAUUUUAAUUGAUAAAAAACACAAACAGUGACCUAGGUAUAUCAACAUUUGGCUUUUUAAUUCAUUGGCUACUUUUAAGAAGAAAUCCGUCGAGUGAUUAAACAGGUCCAUUUGCGGUUUCGUUGCAUCGAGGCUAAACCAAAACCAAAAAUCAUCAACAGUAUUCAAUACCUAUAUCGUUUAAAAUUUCAAAAAUAGCCGUCGUUGUUUCCGUCGAUAUAGCUGCUUUGCCUUGCAUAUCGUCACCCUUAACUCCGUUCCACGCAGUUAUUCUGUCUUUGCUCACCAUCAACACGUUAUCGGUGUUGAGUAUUUCGUAAACUAUUUUCGUUUUUCCUUCAAUGAUCGCAUCGCCCAAAUUUAGUCCUGUGUAAGGCAGAGGACAGUUAUUAUAAUUAUUAUUAAUCACGUGGAAAACAAACAGUUAUAAAAUCUGUUUCGAGUAACGUUAAUUUAAAUUACCGUAUGACUGAGCCAUUAUAGUGUGUGUUUUCCUUUUGUUUUUGAAAUAAAUUUUAUUUAAAACUUGUUGAAGAAAUAUUAUAUCAACUGAAUUGUAGUUUUAUAUGAACAACAACGUGACAAAUAUCACAAAUGAUCAGACUUUCAAAAAUAUUUACGCUGUGAACACACUGUUGGGCAUUCAAUGUAGAACCAAACUGCUGUAAUAUAUUAGCUAACUCAAAAGUUGAACACCGGCACAAUAUCGAAUGGCACCGCUAAAUUUUCUCCCGCCAAUUAUUCGCGUUAAAGAUAAAUCUAAGAUAAAGAAUUAACCUCAAAUCGUUUCAUUGCAAUCGAAAUCAAUUAUGGAACAGAUAAUAUUUGGCAAUUGCCGGCAAUUUACUGAAAGAGACAAAAAAAAAAACGUGCUCACUGUUCAGCAUUUCAGUCUGCAGAAAAUAUUUAUCAGACUUUUUUGGACUUUAGUACCUACCUAACUUCUUCUGUCUAGUAUGUCUGUUGAAGAAUACGACAGGCAGUUACGGCAUGAGUGCGGAGUAUUCGGAUGUGUGGCUUCUGGGCCGUGGCCAACCAACACAGAUGUCUCUCAGGUUAUUUGUCUCGGACUACUAGCAUUACAACAUCGGGGACAAGAAAGUGCUGGUAUUGCUAUGAGUGAAGGAGACAACCAUACUCAGUUUAAAGUGAAAAAAGGCAUGGGCUUGGUUACCAAUCUUUUUUCUGAUGACGCUGUUAAAAAUUUAAAAGGUAACCUCGGUAUUGGACAUACCCGAUAUUCUACAAGCGCUGGUUCCGAAGAAGUAAAUUGUCAGCCAUUUGUUGUGCAUUCUGCUCAUGGUGCCUUAGCCGUGGCUCACAAUGGGGAACUAUUUAACGCUGGGAGGUUGAGACGUAUGGUGUUGGCCAGAGGUGUGGGUUUAUCCACUCAUUCUGACAGUGAAUUGAUUACACAAGCGCUUUGUUUGAAUCCACCCGACAUAGAAAUCGAUGGGCCAGACUGGCCGGCUCGUAUCAGACAUUUUAUGGAACUUACCAAAUUGUCGUAUUCCCUCGUCAUAAUGGAGAAAGAUAGAAUUUUCGGUGUAAGAGACCCGUACGGCAAUAGGCCGCUUUGUAUUGGUAGAAUGAUGUCAUUGACUGACACCGAUAAAGAGGAAGGCUGGGUCGUGUCGUCGGAGUCUUGUGGCUUUUUAUCAAUCGGUGCUCGGUACAUAAGAGACGUGUAUCCUGGAGAAAUUGUCGAACUAACUAGGGACGGAUUUCAAACGAUAUCCAUAAUGGGCAGACCUCACAACAGACCUCAAGCGUUUUGUAUUUUCGAGUACGUGUAUUUUGCAAGACCCGACAGUAUAUAUGAAGGACAAAUGGUUUAUUCCGUACGUUUACGAUGCGGAAUAAUGUUAGCUAGAGAGAGUUUAGUCGAAGCCGAUAUUGUGAGCUCCGUCCCAGAAUCUGGAACUGCUGCUGCUCACGGUUUUUCAACUGAAACUAAUAUUCCGUUUGUGGAAGUAUUAUACAAAAAUCGAUACAUAGGACGAACGUUCAUACAACCGAGUGCUCGUCUAAGGAAGUUGGGAGUCGCGAAAAAAUUUGGGGCUAUUGCUGAAAAUGUGGCUGGCAAAAGAAUGAUUCUUAUCGACGAUUCUAUCGUCAGGGGAAAUACUAUGGGGCCAAUCAUAAAACUGUUAAGAGAUGCCGGAGCCACAGAAGUACAUAUCCGCGUUGCAUCACCUCCAUUAAAAUUUACCUGCAACAUGGGCAUUAAUAUACCGACCAGAGAUGAACUAAUCGCAAAUCGAAUGACCAAUGAUCAGUUGGCAAAACAUAUAGGUGCUGAUAGUCUGGCGUAUUUAUCGGUUGAAGGUCUUAGGGCGGCGGUAAUAGAUAAGAUGCCGAAUAAAAAUUCAAAAGAAAUCGGCCAUUGCACGGCUUGUCUCACUGGAGAAUAUCCAGAGGAGCUCUCGUUUUAAACAAAAAACAUCUGUAUUUGUAAGCUCAAAAGUAUUAUUUUGAAUCUCUGAUUUCCACAUUCAAUUUGUACUUGUUCAGUUUUAUUUUACUGCUUACGCUAUUGUUGACAAAAUUAGGAUUAAGUUUGUUAAGGAUUGAUUAAGUUCAAGCGUUGAAAAAAAAUUGAUGUGGUUUCCAAUAUUCAUUGUUUGCCAAAAUAUGAUAUAACUUAUUAAUUUUUUAUUUUAUAUAGCUUUAUAAUGUUAUAUUGUCUUUACAUAGAAGAUGUUAAAUUGUUGAGAUCUAUUAUAAUAAUUAUAAUAAUAAAUUAGUAAUAUAUAUUAUACAAUUUUUGUAAAUGAACAAAAUU